UCCAUAAAACUGAUUUUAUUUAAGUUUGCAUGUGAUUAAUUUCACAAUUACACUCACAUACAUUGAUUACAAAAAUUUUCAUACAACAAUUAAAAUGCCACUAUCAGCAGCUGUGUGUUUUAUUUUUUUUUUUUUUUCUUCAAAUUGUUUUUCUUUAACAGCAUAGCAUAAUAGAAUGGCAAAAAGCCCAAUAUUCCAUUUUUAGGAGAAAACUGGUUUCAUCAUUGCCAUGUCAAACCAACUAGUUCAUACAAUGGCAAAUGGUAGGCUGUUUUUGUUUUUAUUUUUAUGAUUAUUUUUCCCGGAAAAUUCUCUCAACCUUGGUCCUUAAAAUACCUUAUUUCCUACUAAUUUCAAACACAACCUAAAUUAAAGACUCAUUCAACACAGUUCACAUUCCAUAAUCCUAAAAUUCCUCACUAUCAAUCCUCUUCCUUUCCUUGCAACAAAAAUCCAACCUCAGUCUUAUCUUUUUCCACAUUUUUUCUCUAACAAAUCCUCUCUCUAUACAUGUCUAAUUUCUUUCUCCGGAGACCACCAUUUAACUUUUAUUUCCCUCCUUAAGGCGCCCACCGCUGCUACCACCACCACCUCUUCUUUCUCUCUCUCCCUCUCUCUCUCUCUCUCUCUUCCCGUAGUACCACAAAAUGGGCAGUUGUUGCUCUCGUGGGGAUUCAGGGGAUGCUCCAGAAAAUGAAAAGGGAGAUCAAGCAGAAGGCUCUAAUAAUCCAGACGAUGCUCCCAAUGAAAACUCCACCACCCCACCACCUAAAAAUGUUCCUCCUCCUUCUCCGGCAGCAGCAGGAAAAACUGCUCCUAUUGGACCUGUCUUAGGUCGGCCAAUGGAGGACAUAAAAUCAGUUUACACCAUGGGUAAAGAACUCGGCAGGGGCCAGUUCGGUGUGACCCAUCUGUGCACGCUCAAGGCCACAGGCGAGCAAUUUGCAUGCAAGACAAUAGCCAAAAGGAAGCUAGUGAAUAAGGAAGAUGUGGACGACGUUAAGAGGGAGGUUCAGAUAAUGCACCAUCUGACUGGCCAGCCAAAUAUCGUUGAACUCAAGGGAGCAUAUGAAGAUAAGCAAUCUGUGCAUUUGGUUAUGGAGUUGUGCGCCGGCGGAGAGCUUUUCGAUCGGAUCAUUGCUAAGGGUCAUUACACCGAACGUGCAGCUGCUUCUUUGCUUAGGACGAUUGUUCAGAUUAUUCAUACUUGCCAUUCUAUGGGUGUCAUCCACAGAGACCUCAAGCCUGAGAAUUUUCUUUUGCUUAAUAAGAAUGAAGAUGCGCCUCUCAAGGCUACAGAUUUUGGCCUCUCCGUCUUUUAUAAGCCAGGAGAGGUAUUCAAGGACAUUGUUGGCAGUGCAUAUUACAUAGCACCUGAAGUGUUGAAGAGGAAAUAUGGACCAGAAGCCGACAUCUGGAGUGUCGGGGUCAUGUUAUAUAUUCUUCUGAGUGGUGUUCCACCAUUUUGGGCUGAAUCUGAACAUGGAAUCUUCAAUUCAAUUUUACGUGGCCAUGUUGAUUUUGCAAGUGAUCCAUGGCCUUCAAUUUCACCUCAAGCUAAAGAUCUUGUCAGGAAAAUGCUAAAUUCAGACCCCAAACAGAGGCUGACAGCCAUUCAGGUUCUAAGUCAUCCAUGGAUCAAAGAGGAUGGAGAAGCUCCUGAUACUCCUCUUGACAAUGCAGUAUUGAGUAGGCUCAAACAAUUCAAAGCAAUGAAUAAUUUCAAGAAAGUUGCUCUAAGGGUUAUUGCUGGCUGUCUAUCUGAGGAAGAAAUUAUGGGAUUGAAGGAGAUGUUCAAGGGAAUGGACACUGACAACAGUGGCACUAUAACACUUGAAGAGCUGAAGCAAGGACUUGCCAAGCAAGGGACAAAGCUAUCUGAAUAUGAAGUGAAACAACUCAUGGAAGCUGCUGAUGCAGACGGUAAUGGAAUAAUAGACUAUGAUGAGUUCAUCACAGCAACAAUGCAUAUGAACAGAAUGGAUAGAGAAGAACAUCUUUACACAGCCUUCCAGCAUUUUGAUAAAGAUAACAGCGGGUAA